AUGGAGUUAUGUGGAAAACUAUUUUUACUGACACUCAUAUCACCACUAAUAUUAACUACGAAUGCGAUAAAAUGUUAUUCAAAAAGUCAGUUACAAGUGGUUGAAUGCUCCAGUAUCAACUGCAUAAAACAAACCCUUGGACUUGACACGGUGCGAUAUUGCGAUGGAACCGGUGGCUUAUCAAUUUGCCAAACCUAUCAUAUUUCUGAUUCUUGCGAGUCCAUACCACAUCUCGGCAAUAUUUGUUGUUGUUCAAAUCAUCUAUGCAAUGCAGCCAAUGGGCUCUCACUCCACAUUGCAAUAAUUUCUUUUGUUUUAGAAUUAUUUCUAUAG